AUGGACAACUCCUCUCGACGCAUUCGUUUCAAAACCAAGGAUAAUGUAGUCUUGGAAUCUAGUGUCGCAGCAAUGACAAAGUCUCCAACCGUACGAGAUUAUCUCAUCAACACCGGCGGAGAGCCAGACUCGGGAGAGAUCUAUCUGGAAAAUAUCAGUGCUCGUGCAAUGCGCAUUAUCAUCAAAUGGUGCGAAGAACACAUUGAUUACCCAUGCAUCGAGAACUCGGACGACCCGAUGGGAAAGCCAACGCCAACGGAAUUCGAUCGAGAACUAUUGAAAGUUGGCAACGACCUGCUCCACGAGUUGCUUUGUGCUUGCGUUUUCUUGGAACUUUAUGGACUCAUGGAUCAGGGGAGUAGAUGCGUCAGUUCUCAGAUGAGAGGCCUUGAUGUCAAGCAGAUGAGAAGGUUUUUGGGGAUUCCAAGCGACUCAGAAUCGGAGGAUGAGAACGAGCCAGGGCCGUCAAAUGGAAGAAGACGAUGA